AUGCGCACUCGAGUCAGAAUCCCCCCACCAGCAAUCACCCAAAGAUCUUCUUUCUCGCCGUUCACCGCAAGCGGCGUUCCAAUCACCCAGUGGAUGGGCUGGGAUGUUGUAUUUGGAUACUUUCAAGGAGAGCAUCAAAGAGAACCCACCACCUCAGAAACAGCGGCGCCGAGACAGAUCCUUUCAUCCCAACCCAUCAUCGCCAUCCGUGCCAAUGCUGAUGGAAAGAUCCCAAAACCAAAGGGAGAAAUCCACAAAGCAUAUUCCUUGGCCGACCUCCGGCUCGACGACGAACUGGAUAAUAUUCGGAAUUUCGUGAACAAGAAGGUCGAGGAUAGCCUUGACAUGACCGUCUCAUUCGCAUCAAACAAGAACAGACACCACCGCGAGAUCAACAGCAUCCACCGGGCUGCCACCAUUGCAUUCCCCAUCCUCUGCAAGUACAAAGCGAUGUGGCCCAUCAACGACCUCAUCAAACUGAGGCUCAAGUACACGUCGGAAAGGGCGCAUGCAGCAGCAGCAACCCCUGCAAUCGCCAGCGGUAGUGGCAUGCAUCAGCAGAGCACUGAUGAAGACAACGACGACGAGAUCAUGGAUUCAGAUGAGAUUUAA